ACACACAAGAAUUUUAAAAUUGGAACGGUGUAAUAACAAUUUCUUCUUCAUUUUAUUACAUAAAAAAAUAAAAAUACUAAACAAUAAUACAUAAGACAUAUUUAGAAAUAAAGGAAGUAAAUUUUUAAAUUAAAAUUGCCAAACAAAGAUUUUUCUCUAAGUAUCAGUUGGGAUAAUAAAUGUUUUACAUUUGUAGGUUCCAAUUUUAAUUGCAACGUACGCCAUUAUGAUGCAUACCAUGGCAACGACAACGGCUACAUCGGCCAACAUUGUCAAAAGAAGUUAUUCCGACCAAAGCGUACAUGGUUACAUGACAGAGCGAACUUGUUGGUGGAACGAGGUGUGCAAAGAAGAAUUUCAGAAUCAAUUUCGAUGCAAGUGUCCCCAAUUCUCUUAUUGCCGUUCCCCUGGUCGUUACUACAAUGCAUACUGCUCGAUGACCGACACGGGUUAUAUAUGGACUCAACCAACUUGGGACUGGGGACCUCAAGCAUUUCCAAAUAUCUAAUUUAAUAGUAGGGAAAAACGUUACAAGUGUCUUGUGCCACAUACGACCCAUUUAGAAGUCAUUUGAAUUAUCAAUAUGAUUGAUUUUCAUUAGCACGGUAUUUAUUAUACAAAUAAAAUAUUCAUAAAUGUG